CUUUCCAAUCAGGACUGGGAAGAUGACGUCAGGCGUUUUAAACGGAUCUUCCGUCAUCCUAGUGACACAGAGCUUGUGGUUCUUGUCGGAAAUCAUGACAUCGGCUUCCAUUACGAAAUGACUAAGCAGAAGUUGGAACGGUUUGAGCAAGUAUUUAAUGUGACGUCAGCACGGAUCCUCACCAUUAAAGGAGUCAAUUUUUUGCUGGUGAAUAGUGUUGCAUUACAUGGUGAUCACUGCCCCAUCUGCCAACGUGUGGAGGAGGAGUUAAACAAACUCUCACAUGCUCUUAACUGCUCCAUUCAGGGUGCACAGCAUUAUGGCCAGUGCAAGAACACAGAGAGUUUUGCCCCAGCUGCACCUAUUUUGCUACAGCAUUACCCUCUGUAUAGAGCGAGUGAUGCCAUGUGUACAGGUGUAGACGCAGCCCCUCUGGAUGAACGGUACCAGCUAUUUCAGGAGCGUUAUGAUGUUAUAUCUAAGAAUGCCUCAAAAAAGCUCUUGUGGUGGUUCAAGCCUCGCCUAAUUCUGAGUGGCCACACUCACCAUGGCUGUGAGGUACUGCAUGAAAACCUCUACCCUGAGAUCAGUGUCCCAUCCUUCAGCUGGAGAAACCGAAACAACCCGAGCUUCAUCCUGGGCACAUUCUCCAGGUCUGACUUCCAGUUGUCAAAGUGUUUUUUGCCAGAGGAGAGGAGCGUGUUGUCGCUUUACUGUGGCAGCUGUCUGAUCAUUGCGCUGAUAACACUCAGCCAUAUCAAGAUGUUCAGAAGAUCACUGCAGUUGCCAAACAGCCUUCUAGGAAAGGACAAGACUUUGAAACAUGCAUAAAAGGCAUGUGAGAGUUAUGUGAUACAGUUAUAUAACAGUGGUUUAACAGGAAGCCCUGAGCUUGCAUGAGAAAAUGUUGAAAAUCAAAGAUUUUGCUGGUUUGGAUGUUUUCAGUGUCUUUGCUUUCUGAUUCUGAUUUAAAAUGCUGAAUAAGUUUUUUUUUUGAUGCACAAUAGAUUGGUCCAAACAGAAGUCACAAUUUCAAAACUCUAAGCAUAGUCAGUGAGACAGAAGUAUGUGUGGACCAAACUGAAUAACUAAAGGAGAAGUUCACUUCCAGAACAAAAAUGUACAGAUAAUUUACACACCCCGUUGUCAUCCAAGAUGUUCAUGUCUUUCUUUCUUCAGUCGUAAAGAAAUUGUGUUUCUUGAGGAAACAGUGUUUCCGUGGAUCUUAAAAAGUCUUGAAUUGCUUUUCUGUUAAUUAACAGCUUGAAAAGUCUUAAAUUCAUAUGAUCAUGGCAUUAAUUUUCGUGAGGGAUUGUUUCCUCAUGUGUUUUAUUUUAAAGUGAAGCGAACGCAUAAUUUCUGUGCUACAUGGCUUAGGUUGCUCAAUAUUCAUUAAACAAUAAGCGGUAGAUGUGGUAUGUGCUGCUUCACCUGUCAGUCACCCGAAGAAGAACUUGUUGUUUUGAUGUAAUUGAUGUAUUGAUGUUUGUUUUAGUAAUAAAAAUCACUUAGUUCAGUUAGAGAACAGACAAUACAAUUAAAACUGAACGCGGCUGCUCAAUGCAGUCGCGUCACAGAUCAGAUUUCAUUUAUCACCUGAAGUGAGUGAGUCAAGAUAACUGACAAGAAGAGAGGUCAGAAAGACAAGAUUAUGGCGAAAGAGUUUCAAAACGAAAUGCAGAAGUCCCUGUUUUCAAAUUACUUUGGAUUUUGAAAAGCCUGUUGACUUUUGCUAUUUAUCUAAGAUGAUAGUGGAAGUUUAAUAUUUAUUUGGUUGCACAGUGUUUGCUUAUAUUUAUUUAUUUAAACUGUAAUUAUUUAUUUAUUUAUUUUUUAAUUUUAUAUUACAUCAAGAUGUGUGCCAUACUUCCAAGCGUUCUAAUUUGUUUUGCUAGUAAACGUUAUACUUUUCUUAUUUAUUUGGUUACACAGCGUUUACUGAUUUUCAGUUUUGUAUACCUAUUUAAACUUUGUGUAAGUUAUUAUUUUAUAUUAGGCAUAUAACAUGGUGUAUGUUAUUAUUCAUUUUGUUAAUGAAAAUUCAUUACAUUACGUUAAUGCCGCUAAUUUAAAAGUGAAAGUAAAAUGCGCACAACGCUUUUGCAAGCUACUUAAAACCGAGGGAAAGUGGAGAAAAGAGGGAAAACUCAAGCGAACUAAAAACAAACAACUGCUUGAUGCUGAAUUGCUGCUAAUUUGAAAGUGAAAGUAAAACUCGCACUAUACUUAGGGAACAUAUUGUUGUAUUUUCCCUUUGAUGUUUUUUUUCUUUCCUUAAAUUUUCUUUAGUUGGUCUUAAAAAGAUCAUUGAAAAGUCUUAAAUUUACCCUCAUAAAACCUGCAGAAAUCCUGGGAAAACAUUUCAGGAAUUAUCUCCAUAUAGUGGACUUCUGUGUUGCCCACAAGUUUAAACUUCCAAAAUGCAGUUUAAAUGCAGCUUCAAAUGGCUCUAAAUGAUCCCAGCCGAGGAAUAAGGAUCUUAUCUAGUGAAACAAUCUGUUAUUUUCUUUUAAAAAAAAGUACAAUUUCUAUACUUUUUAACCUCAAAUGCUUGUCUUGUCUGGUUCUGCGAUGUCCAUGCGUAGUCUGUGUAAUCCGGGUCAAUACAGGGUAUGUAUGUUGAAGGGUAUCACAUUUUUUCCUCCAACUUCAAAAUUGUCCUACAUCACUGCAGUACUGACCCAGUGUUUAUAAAGGUAACGUGCAAAAAAUAAAAAAAUAAAAAAAUAAAAAAAUAACGUACCAAAAAAAUGCCCUUUACAAAAAAAGGUAAAAAAAAAAAAAAAAAAAAAAAAAAGCGAUGUAGAACGAUUUUAAAGUCGGAGAAGACGAAAUGGGAGUUUUUCGACUUGCCCUUAAGGCCCGUUCACACUAAGAAUGAUAACUAUAAAGAUAACGUUCUGAAAGUUCACACCACAGCUAUAACGUCAACGAUAUAGGGGAACAAUAUAGUUGGGAUCACUUUUAGAACAUCAUUUUUUUUUUCACAGCUGAUGAACGAUAAAAAGUUAACAGUUAAUCAGACUUCAUUGUAAUUAAAAGGGCUUGCACAUUUAAAAUAGCAGGUGACUAUGUUAGCAGAUAUCUUACGAUAGAUUUACUGUUUAAAUGCGCUCGAAAUGUGCAUGCUGAGGACAUCUACUGGUUGAAGUUGUGUAAAUGCAACAAAAACAGAUAUCGUUCACUAGUGUGGACGCAAAUAUAUUUCUCUUUAUACUGAUAGUUAUCGUUUUUGGUGUGAACGUGCCUUAACCGUAUUGCCCUGGAUUAUACAGACUACACAUGCACAUCGCAGAACUAGACAAGACAAGCAUUUGAGGUUAAAAAUAUAUAUAAAGUGUAUUUUUAUUUUUAUUUAUUUUUUUAUUUUUUUUAAGAAAAUAAUGAUCGUUUUGCUAGGUAAGAUCUUUCUCCCUCGGUUGGGAUAGUUUAGAGCCAUACAUUUUUGUUAUGGAAGUGAACUCCUUUAAUAAGCAGUUAAAGCUUUCACACAAAAUCCCUUAAAUGACCAUCUCCCUAAGUCAAUUCUUCUUUUAUACUAUGGUCUUUCAUACUUCACCUGCAAAAUGAUAUAUUUGCAGCACAUUUUUAUUUAAAAUUUUAUUUAAAAAUGUAGAUCAAAGAACACAGAUUGGUGAGAAAAGAGGAGUGACAGAGAAAGCGAGUACCAGAACACUCAUAGUACUGUAUAUACAAUAUGAGUCAUUAUACUUUAUAUGUGGUUGUUGUUCAUAUUUUUUAAUUAUUUAAUUUACACCGAUCAGGCAUAACAUUAUGAAUGAAGUGAAUAACUCUGAUUAUCUCUUCAUCAUGGCUCCUGUUAGUGGAUGGGAUAUAUUAGACAGGAAGUUAACAUUUUGUCCUCAAAGUUGAUGUGUUAAAAGGAAAAAUGGGCAAGCGUAAGGAUAUGAGUGGUCAGUAUCUAUCAAAAGUGGACCAAGGAAGGAGCAGAGGUGAACCAGCGAUAGGGUUAUGGGCGGCAAAGGCUCAUCGAUGCACGUGAGGAGCGAAGGUUGGCAAGUGGUCCGAGCUAACAGACAAGCUACUGUAGUUUAAAUUGCUCAAGAAGUUAAUGCUGGUUCUGAUGGAAAGGUGUCAGAAUACACACUUCAUCUAUGGAAAGAAGGCAGUUGGGUUGUUUUACUGGGAAACCUUGGGUCCUGCCAUUCAUGUGUACUACCUACCUACUGUAAGCCUUUCACGGAAACGGUAUUCUCUAGUGGCUGUGGCCUUUUUCAGCAGGAUAAUGUGCCCGGCCACAAAGCAAAAUGGUUCAGGAAUGGUUUGAGGAGCACAAGUUUGAGGUGUUGACUUGGCCUUCAAAUUCCCUGUAUUUCAAAAUCCAAUCAAGCAUCUGUGGGUUGUGUUGAACAAACAAGUCCGAUCCAUGGAGGCCCCACCUCAGACUUGAAUGAUCUGCUCAGACAUGCAUAGACAUGCAAGCAAACUGCAGCAUUUCUGAUUUGUUCUUGUUACAUAAGCUUUAGUCAAUAAAGUGAAAAGGUGUUAUUCAUAUUCUAUAGUUAUAUACAGAUUUAUGUAAAAAAAAAAAAAAAAAAAAUUAUUUAAACUCAAAAAGUUAUAAAAGAUAAAAGUUCAUUAUGUAAUAGUGAUUUGUGUUCAUUUUGGAAGUGAGAUUAACUUUUUGGUUAAGAUUUACUUGGUAUUGCAGACUGUAAGAAGAGUUUUGAAAAAGCGGUUCAGUAUAAGUCAAUGAUUGUUCGCAAUUAAAAAAUAAAUAAAUAAAUAAAUAAAAAUUAGGAAAUAGUAAAUUUGAACUGCAACCCACUUUUUAAAUUGUGAUUAUAAAAGGUAUAACUCAAAGGCAAACACAUUUUUUAGAGGUAUUUUAUUUGCAAAAUUACAUUUCUUCCGACAACGCCAUUCUAAACAAAGACCAAGAUCUUCUAAUGUGCCUCAUUAUUAAAAUAAAUGUUAAGAAAAAAAAAAAAAAAAAAAAAAAAAAAAAACCUUAAAAUCCUUGAAAGGCCAGAGACAAGUGAUUUAUUAUUAUUAUUAUUAUUAUUAUUAUUAUUAUUAUUAUUUUUAGAUUAUUUUUUCUUCAUUGUAACUUGUAUUUUCAGUUUCGGAAAUAAGUUUGAACAUGUAAAAGCUGCAGAGGAUAGUAAGAAGAAUAAAGCCUAUCUACCAGUGUUACACCCACUCACAGCCUAAGUCUCAUUACACACUGUCCCUGCACUUCACCAGUUGAGAAGUGGACCACAAGAAUACAGUCAGGGAUCCAAAUUAAGAGUUUGUGGCAUGGACUCAAGUGUGUAUGCAUUGAAUUAUGUCAUUUACGCAGCCACUUGUGUUCAACGUAUUAAAGUAUUUCUCCUGACCAGAAAAAAAAAAAAAAAAAAAAAAAAAAAACAGAUUAAAAAAAUGUACUCAAACUCAAGUUAUUCAGAAUCUGCAUGCAGUUUAUCUUUUGAAUACACAAAUUAAAUAUUGCAUGAUUCUUCAUGAAGUUCUUCCUGUAUAGUUCAGUACAAAUUCUAAAUUUAAAUUUUCAGUGCACUAUUCCUUUGAACUUAUGAUAACUGCCCCACUGGUGACUGAGAGAGGUGUAUGGACCCACUCAAGCUAUGAGAUUUACACUAUCAGUGCUCACAUUCACAAUGCCAGCGCAGUCAGUACACGCUCAGGACGGCCAGUAAAGAAUCACUAGUCUUGCUUCCUCAUUUCUUCUAUAUUAUGCAUUUGUAUAUGCAUAGCUAUGCAUACAACCUUGCUAAACAUUCAUAAAUAUGUAUACAUUUAGGCACACAUAUUAUUAUGAAUAAUUGUACAUAUAUAUUUAUAGAAUAUGUAUUUUUUGUUAUAUAAAUGUAUAUGUACACAUAGAAUGCACAUGUACAGUACAACAUGUGGUAUAUCUGCAAAUGUAUGUGCACACGCAUGCGAUCACACAUACCUACACACUUUCACCGGCACGACCCCGCGUACAGUCUGCAUACAUGCCACUUCUAAAAAUGCACCCUACCUGAAACAACAGCAGGUCAAAAUUUUGGAAAUUUUGAAAAGAUUUCCAAAGUUUUUUUAAAGCUGAGUCCGUCCGACAAAAACAGAAAUUCAAAGAAUUGUAAGACAUACUGUAUUUGCAGUUUCUAAACAAAGUGGUUAAUUUUGCAUAUUGUAUACCAAGAUUUUUUUGCCUAAUUUUCUCAAUUUUAUAGUAAAAGACAUUUUAAAUAGCUUUAUAAACCAGAAAAAAAUGUCUAGAGAGCGGUUUCCCAUCAGCACGCUGUGCUGCAUGUAAGAUUUGACAUCAAGCUGUACAGUGCUGUCCAAUCACACAUACUUUAUCUUCAUUUACAGGUACAGCCAUAUUCAAAGGCACAAAGAGCUUCUACAAGUCAAAGUUUUGUCUUUCUUGUUGAAGUUAUAUAAAAUAACAUUUUGCAGUCCCGUACAAGAUCAAACAACCUUGCACAUUCUUUAGAAUAACAAAACAAAAUCCUUAAAAAUAUAUUGUGUUUUUCUUUAUAUCUAUAUUUAGGACUACCUCCAAAAUGGGGGCUGCCCAUAUUAAAGGAGGCAUUGGUUGGCCGGUGGCAGCUCUCCCAUGAUGGAUUGCCGCUGGCAAUCACUGAGGAAAAAAAAAUGCAGAGUAUGACAAAUCCCACAAGCCCCUGCUCCUGCUCUGUGCUCUGUAGUUGGUUACAAACUCCUAUUUAGCCCUGAAGUCCUUUCUGCAUGUUUUGCAGAAAAAAAGCAAAAAAAAAAAAAAAAAAAAAAAAACUAAACUAAUAAUGUGGGGUGGGGGGAGGGGAGAAAACAAAAACUAACAAAAAAAAAAAACAUAAAUACAUAGGUGCUACAUUGUGAAUUUUGCCUUCUGGCUUUCAUUUAGGAAACAACUGAUGCAAAGUGCUUCAUUAAACCCUUGAUGUACCCCUUGACUCCUAUGUCAAGUACUCCAAUAUCCCCUUCAUUAGAUGGAGGGGAAAGGUCAAAGGUCAGACCAUCCUGACACAGGUCACAGGUUACCACAGGUUUCCAUUAUGUCAGCUGGUCUAACCACAUCUAAUCUUCUAAUCUAACCUACCCUCAUCUAAAGCCAGCCAAUGCUGAAAUACAAAAAAAAAAAAAAAAAAGAAAGAAAAGAAAUUACCUGGGAGUGGUACAAACAUAAAAUAGAAAUAAUUUCAUCUUAUACCCACACAUUCAUAUCAUUUCCCCUCUCACUUCAAAAACUGUAUAUAUAUAUAUAUAUAUAUAUAUAUAUAUAUAUACACAUACAUAUA